UAAAAAAACAACAAAAUAAAUAAAAAGUUAAUUGAAUCCUCCCCGUGGUGCAAUGAAAUUAACGAUAAUCACUAAGAGUGUGCUAAUGAAAUGGUUGUCAGUGCUAUGUUAUAUUCCGGCAAUAUUGCCGGCAAUAAUAAUAAUACAAACAACACAAAAAACAAAAAAAAAUCCAACAAUCCUCAUCAACAACAACAACAACCAAGCAGCAACAAUAACAACGGUUACGGUCUAGGAAUACCAAAAUCACCAUCAUUUCACAGUGGACUUGACUUAUUAGCUGAUGACGAUCAAUACGGUGGCGUAGAUGAUCAACAUCAUCGUAUCGAUUUAUUAAAUCAAUUUCAAUUAGACAAACGUAACGAACAAAAUUUUGAACUUUAUCAAUACGAUCAAGAUCUUUGUGACAAACAACAAAACGACGACGACCACGACGACGAUAAAAACGAUAAAGACGAAGACGAUAAAACUCAAGAUCGUCGACUUUUUAAAUUUCCAAAAGUUUUAACCUCAUCACCACGAUUGACAGGUAGCUUUACAAAUAUGCCAUCAUUACAACAGGAUCAGUUAACAUCAUCAUCAUCUACAUCUUCGCCAUCAUCAAAUGCUUCAACUGCUAAUAAUAGUAAUAGUAAGUCACCCUCACAGAAUAAUGUUAUAAAAUCAAAUCAACACGUUAAUUUGAACUCGAAAAAUAUUGGCGGCGGCGGAGGUGGAGGGGGCAACAACGCUGGUGGUGAGAAUGGCAACAAUUCUACUACUACAAGUUUUGGUUUAACUGCAUCAUCUACUAUAAAUGCAUCUUCUAAAAACAUAUCACCAAGUGGAAAUAAUGGAGGCGGUGGCAGUGGGUUAAUAAUGGGUGGCGGUGGUGGUGGAAAUAAUGCCGGAACUUUUCCUAAUGGAAAUGAUGGUGUUCUAUCACCGCAAACCCUACAACAAAUAACUGGUAGUCCAGGACGUGCUCGAGAUCGCAAUUUAUUUCAUUCACCAUCAGCAGCAGCAGCUGUUUCAUUGGCAUUACUUAGAGAAACCUCAAAUAGCGAACGAGAGGAGCUUUUCAUUCAAAAGCUAAGACAAUGUUGUACACUAUUCGAUUUUUCCGAGCCAUUAAGCGAUUUAAAAUGGAAAGAAGUAAAACGUGCAGCUCUGCACGAGAUGGUCGAGUAUUUGACAAAUCAAAAUGGUGUCAUCACAGCCGAAAUAUAUCCAGAAGCUAUAAACAUGUUUGCAGUCAAUCUAUUUCGAACUCUACCACCAUCAUCUAAUCCGAAUGGUGCUGAAUUUGAUCCAGAAGAAGAUGAACCAACGCUGGAAUCGUCAUGGCCACAUCUUCAAUUUGUUUAUGAACUAUUUUUGCGAUUCUUAGAAUCACCAGAUUUUCAACCAAACAUCGCCAAGCGAUAUAUUGAUCAUCAAUUUGUUUUGCAGCUAUUAGAGCUGUUCGAUUCGGAGGAUCCCAGAGAGAGGGAUUUUUUGAAAACCGUACUACAUAGAAUUUAUGGAAAAUUUCUUGGACUGAGAGCAUUUAUUAGAAAGCAAAUAAAUAAUGUAUUCUAUAGAUUCAUCUAUGAAACAGAGCACCAUAAUGGUAUUGCUGAAUUAUUAGAAAUUCUUGGCAGUAUUAUAAAUGGUUUUGCUUUGCCGUUAAAAGAGGAGCACAAGCAAUUUUUGUUAAAAGUUCUGCUACCGUUGCACAAGGCUAAAAGCUUAUCAGUGUAUCAUCCGCAGUUGACUUAUUGUGUGGUGCAGUUCCUCGAGAAGGAUCCAAGUCUAUCAGAGCCUGUUAUAAGGAGUCUGUUAAAAUUCUGGCCAAAAACCCAUAGUCCCAAAGAGGUGAUGUUUUUAAAUGAAUUAGAAGAAUUACUUGAUGUAAUUGAACCAGCUGAAUUUCAAAAAGUUAUGAUACCAUUAUUUCGACAAAUUGCCAAAUGUGUAUCGAGUCCGCACUUUCAAGUUGCCGAACGUGCACUAUACUAUUGGAAUAAUGAGUAUAUUAUGUCAUUAAUAGCUGAUAACUCGCAAGUGAUCUUACCAAUAAUGUUUCCAUCGUUAAAUCGAAACUCGAAGACACAUUGGAAUAAAACUAUCCAUGGACUGAUUUAUAAUGCUUUGAAAUUAUUUAUGGAAAUGAAUCAGAAAUUAUUUGAUGAAUGCAGUAAAAACUAUCGGCAAGAGAAACAAUUGGAACGGGAGCGUAUGUCACAACGCGAAGAACUAUGGGCUCAGGUCGAGAAUUUGGCAAAAACUAAUCCCGAAUGGCCAAAACUUUGUGGUCAUAUGGAGAGCUUAAGCAUUUCUAGCAGUCAAAUUGAAUUUGAUCAAUUUCAGGAUAAUUGUGAUUUAACGUAUGAUAAAUUUGAACAAGAAGCUAGGCAGGAAACUAGAGAGUGAAAUAAAUAUAAAUAUAUAUAUACAAAACUUAAUAUUUAGGUAAUUAUUAAAUAAUAAUUUUUAACUUAUUUGCAAAAGUAAAAUAAAAUAUAAAACAAAAAAAGAAUUAUAAUUAAAAACAAAAUACACAAAAAAAGAACUUAAAAAUCCCAUAAUGUCUAUGUAAAUGUGCAUAAUUAUGCAUAUAUUGUUGAAUGCUUGAGAAUAAAUAUUUUUUAAAAAUUAAAAACAAAAUUAGAAAUAAAUAAUUUAAUUUAAUGAUAUAUAAAACAAAAAAGCAAAAUAAAAUAAAUGCCUUGCAUUAAAAUUGAAUACCGAUUAAAAUGUAUAAAUUAAAAGAAAAAAAAAAAAAAAACACAUUGUAUAUAUUAAUUUUAACCACAUAUCAAUAAAUAGUCUUGUUUAUUUCUAUUUUUAUUAUUAUAUUUUUUUUAUUUUCUAAAUAAAUAUUUAAAAACAAAUGAAAAAAAAAACUCACAGACAUAUGAAUCAUUUUAAAUAAAUAUAUUCGUAUUUUUAUUACAUAAUAAUUAAUUUAAAUACGUUAAAUAGAAAAUUAAAAUCAUUUUCUUUGAUUUUAUAUUUUUAUUAUUUUUACAUUAUUUCUUGUUUUGUUUUAAAUAAGUUUUAUUAAAUAAAAUUAAAAAAAAUAAAACAAUAAUUAAGUCUAUGAUAUAAAAUUAAUUAAUAUUUGUUAAUUCAGUAAUUAAAUACAAAACAAAAAUAACUAAAUUAAAAACAAAAACAAAACCUCUUGCUAAAUUACUUUUACACUUAAAACUAGAUAAUAUUUAUAUAUAAUAUACGUAUACAUAAAAACAAAACAAAACAAAAAAAAAAAAAACAUUCAAUAAAACUUCUAAAGUGUUUUGAAUAAUUUGAUCGAAACCAUUUGAUAAUAAAAAAAUAAAAUUUACAAAAAAAAAACCACAAAAAAUUAUUAUGUUUAAAUAGGUUGUGUACAUACAUUUUAUUUUGUUUAAAAAUAAUCUGUUAAUGUUUUCAUUGAAUACUCUUCAUAUAACAACCCCCAUUUCAACAGGACACAUGCAAUUUUGAAAUAUUAAAAUUCAACAAAAAACUUUGUUUCCAUUUAACUUUUUAUAUUAAGAUUUUUUUCAAGAGAAUAGUGAAUGCUUUGUCCAAAAAUUGACGCUCAUUUUGAUUAAAUAAUCACUUAUUGAACUAUCAAUGGCUCCUCUUAGAAUUGGGUGCCAGCUCUUAGAGCAAUACAUUAAUUUCUCCUUUGAAAUUUUUAAGUUAGUCCUAUUCUGUAUGAAAACUGCUGGGAAAAAAUAUUCGGUAAAAAAGCUUCCAAUCAAAAAUCUUCUGGAAAUUUAACUCCCUUUCGCUUGUUCAUUAUUAUUAGUAACGAAAAGGGAAUAAAGCUAAAACAGAAAAGCAAAAAUAUUCUGCGAAUUGUACCAUUUUUCUGAAAAUAUUUCCAACGAGAGUUUUCAUUAGGGCUAAGUAUUUCUAGUUGAAUAUUGGUGAUAAUUAACUAAACUCAAAUCAAAUGGUUAAUGGCUACAGCUUGGAUCAAACUUCAAAAACAAAACAAAAAAAUCUUUAUAAUUUGAACAUUCAUUAUGCCUUCACGGUCUAAUUUAAAUCAGUGCUUGUGAAAAUGAUUUGAGUGAUCAUUUUGAAGAUUUUAUAGUUUUACACCUUCCACGACUGCUUUAAUUAUUUUUUUUUUUUUCAGAACUCAUCUUCUUUCUUUUUCUAAUUUCCAUUAUUUAUUCGCGUAUAAAUAAAUAUGUAUGAUAAAUUAAAAAAAAAGCAAAUUAAAAAGCUCGGUUAAUUAUUUUUUCUUUGGCGCGAUCUCUAAACUAGAACAAAAAUUGACUUGUCAUAUAUUUUUCAAAAAAUGUACUGAAAAGGGAGAAAAGAGCUCAAGCUCAUCUUUUUGCAUAUGACCCAAUAUAAAUUUAUUUUUCCACUUUCUCUGUUCUCUUUCCACUUUUUUUUUUUUAUUCAAAACGCUUGUUAAGACUUAUUAAACAAAAAUUCAAAUUUCAAUAGCCAAGAUUAAACAGUAAAACGCACAAAAAGAAAACUAUUAAUAAAUCUUUAAAAUCUUACUCAAAAUCACUAAAAUAGAAAUAAAUAAAUACAAAAAAUUUGUUAUUCAAGAUUUAUAACAUCUGAAUUGAUAGAUAUAUUGAGUUUUAUUAAAUUAAAAUAAAAAAAAAAAAACAUUAAAUUCAAUAAACUGUAAAAAAUUCUAAAUAAAAUUGCGUAAAAUCAUUAUCAAAAAAAAAAAAACAUACACAAGCAAAUUAAAAAAUUAAAAACAUUUGUAUAUUUAAUGUACCUAAGAUUA